AUGGUGCUGUGCAUACCAGGCCACUCUGGAGGAAAGUACGUCGAGGCGGCGGGGUUGCGCACUUCAAGGGAGGCCAUAUUCGUGUGCUGUCGCGACCUUUACUGGGUCAGAUUGGAUACGUUUCCAGCAAAAAGUUUGUUUGUGAUCGGUGGAGCAAGACGUGCGUGCCUAUGUCGAAACGCACUAAAACUC